AUGCUGGCCAAUCACCUGGACGUUAUCAGCAUCCCACUUUUCCUUGCAGGCAGUGGGUUGCUCCAAACCCUUUGCCUCAUCAAGCUCAUUCGUCUGUCCAUUGAAAAUGGUCAUCACGUGGCUCAGUUCUUCCGAGCAUGUGCAUGGCGAUCACAGUGGUGGGUGAGGAGUUUCGGGGAAGCUGAUAAGACAACAGAGGAACGAGGGAUUGCUCGAGAGGUUCGCAGUCUGCGAUUGCGAUUGGCACACAUCUAUCUGAAUUUCUUUGUGGUUAUCACCGGCCUGUCAGUUAUCUCUAUACAGCUGGGCAUCGCACAGGACAGGCAAUCUGACGCGCCUCCGGCAUUUUAUUGGACCAUCCUGCUAAUGUUCGCCCUCUCCACGAUACUCUUUUUAUUUCCGAGGAUGCUGCACUCGCUAACCAUGGACAUGUUUCAUUUGGCUCUUAUGGUGGCAUCCGCAUUCUUACUGAGUCCCUGGUGCACGCGACCAGAUUCGAUUCAAUACAUGUCGAUUGUCAUCCUGGCCUUUUUGCGUCUCCCAGCAGCUAGUUUUGCCACCCGCCCAUCAGUUGCUGUUGCCAGCAACAUUGGGGUUCUUGUGGUCAUGCUGCUGCGGACGACUCUAGAUGACGGGCUGCAAAGCAGCAGCAAUUGCCAGAUGACCGGCGUGGUUGUGCGGGCUGUCGUUGUCACCGAAGUGUCCGCAUUGGUUCUUGUGGCGGGGAUUUCUUUAUCAGCAGAGGUCUUGCUGCGCAAAACUGUGCAGCAGCACCGACAGUACAAUGAAGCGGCAAAUGAGCUCAGUGCUGCGACCUCGCUUCUACGCCUGACCUGUGAUGCAGUGGUGGAGCUGGACGAGGACCUGUGCCUCACGGAGCACUCUCCGGAGCUUGCCGCCAUCCUCCUCCGCGACCGACCUGGCUCGACACUCCAGGGCGUCAAGUUCACGGACUUUGUGGCCACCACCGAAGAAGCUGUUCAGGCUGCAGAGCUUUUGAACGGGCGGGAGAGCUUGAAUGGAUGUGUGUCCACUCAUGCCUUUCACACGCGCCUUAUGGACACCAGCUCAAGCAAGUUCAGCACGGAGCUCUUCCAAGUCAAGUAUUGCAAGCUAGGCAACACGGUGCGCCAUCUCGUUGGCUUGCGGGAGGUUGCGGAUCAGCAGUCUUUGGUCAAAUCAGAUGCAAACGAAGCAGUAGCAGGCCCUGCAGAUGCCGAUGACUCUUCAAUGUCCUGUCCUUACCGACUCUUCAAUUCCGUAGACUAUGGCGAGAGUUCAUCUGCAAAGUCCUUGGAUCUUGAUAGAUACGAUAAGACAGAUAGGCCGAUCGUUUACUUGUUUCUUGACAUGGAAUCAUGCUGCAUAGGGGCAGCCUCUGUUGUGGCCUCGAGCCUCGUUGGAAUGAAGUUGGCUGGGUUGUUUCCUGGAAGAGGUUUUGAGAUCCUGCAGGCCUUGUGGGCAGAGGUAGACCGAUGUGAAGAUGCAUCCGAGCUGAACCUUUUCACUCAAAAGCAGCACUUCUUCCGGGAGUGGUUGGUGCAGUGGAGCCCUUCACAGAGUGAUUUUGUUGACGGAGUCGUUGAGAUUCUGCAGAGCACAAACGGAUCGCAUGGCUUGCUUCUACGCUGCAAAGCGUCCCUGCUUUCCUCACCUUCCUCAGGUGGGGCAAAAUCAGCAGAAGUCCCAGGAAAACCGUCACUGCUCCCAGUGCUCCCUGGGAUGCCUUUCCAGGACAAAGUUCUGACUUUACAGUAA